GGGUUUGAAUGUGAAUAGCUGAAAGCUGAGGGAUCUUAUUGUAAAUGAGGCAAUAAUGAAUUAAGGAUUCUGCUGAAAAUAACAGACCAACCUCUUCAGUCGAAUCCACUCUGUAAAUCCCCCAAUCCCCAAUCGUACGGAACACAGAUCGCCGGCGACCCGGCCCGAAUAUCACAACCCGAUUUAAUCUCCACCAAUCACAAAAUGGCAUGGCUGGCCCGAUCCAUUGCAAACUCUCUCAACUUUGACGACGACGGUGACGAUGCUACGAAGCCCGAAUCUAAGCAGCCGGACAACUCUCAAUCCGAUGAUGACGAGGUGUCGUCUCCGACGACGCCCUCUCGCGGCGUCAAAGAGGAUCUUUCGGAGCUCAGUAAAACCCUAACCCGCCAGUUUUGGGGCGUCGCUUCCUUCCUAGCACCUCCUCCUCCGCAAGCUGAUGAGAAGCCCGACUCGGAUUUAGCGGAUUCGGAGCAGGAUCCAAUGUUGAGGAUCCGAGAUGACUUCGCGGAGAUUGGGGGCAAGUUCAAGAGCGGGAUUUCGCGGCUGUCUAACAACAUCAACGUUUCUGAAAUCACUAAAUUAGCUUCGAAUUUCCUGCAAUUGGAAUCGGAUGACGAGAGAGAGAAGCAGGAUGGCAUCGGUUCGUCGGGGAAUGGAGCUGUUGGUGUUACUGAUGAAGUUGUGGCUUUCGCGCGUGACGUCGCUAUGCAUCCCGAGACUUGGUUGGAUUUCCCAUUACCUCCAGAUGAUGAAGAUGAUGUCGAAUUUGAUUUGUCCGAUGCCCAACAAGAACAUGCUUUGGCAGUUGAACGAUUUGCCCCAAGAUUAGCUGCACUGAGGAUUGAGCUCUGCCCUGGAUACAUGACUGAAAGCUGCUUCUGGAAGAUUUACUUUGUACUUGUUCACCCUAGACUAGAUAAGCAGGAUGCUGAACUUCUGUCAACACCACAGAUUCUGGAAGCCAGGGCCUUGCUGGCACAUGAACUGAAGAAGCAAAAUACAACUAAUACUGAAAACUUAUCUGGGAAAGAUUCUUCGGAGCCAGAGAAAAGUGCUGUUUCUCACCAUGAAGAACCCCUUUUGGCACCAUCCCCUGAAACUGGAUCUGAAAAGGCGUCUCUCCUAAAUAUGGGGACUUCAACAGCCCCAGAUAUUAAAACAGUUACAUCCUCAGUUGAGAAGAAUCAAAUCCAAAUCGUUGACAAAUGUGUCACUGAAGAAAAGCAGGGCGACCAAGUUAAAGAUCAGCAUUCUGGAUCUAGUUCUUUGGAUGUAUCCAGAGACAAGGAUGACGAUGAUGCAGAUGACUGGUUAAAGGAAGAAACAGAAACUGGUGAUGCUGUCGGAAAGUGUAUUCCCAUUGAGAAUGAAGACGAUGUAUCAUUUAGUGAUCUUGAAGACGAUGAUGCAGAUGUCCCUACAAGUUAUAGAAAGUCAAAUUACAGUUCUGAUAAAGAUUCACGAGAUUGGGUUCAAUUGGGAAAGAGCUCGUCCAAGGAUAUUGAUGUGAAGCACAAUGACAAGGAUAAGGAAUCGAAUGACUGGCUAGAUGUUGAUGACAUUGUUGUGUCUUGAUUUUUCAUGUAAUCCUGUAUUUGUUGUGCUGUGAAUAGAUUCGUCAUGUCUUCGUGCAUUAAGGUUUUAUGAUGAUAAUACGUUGUAUAUAAGGCUUCUAAAUAAAGCUUGGAUGUUCAAUUUCUGGAA